ACGACUCGCACGCAGCUUACGUGUACGUAAAUUGAAGCAAAAGUGAUUUCAAUUCUGCAUUUUCAAGAAAUAAUGGAUAAAUUAGUAGUAUUUUUCCUUUUCGCAAUCAUAACUAACGUGUUAUGUAUGAGCGUAAGGAACAAGCGUCAGUCGAAUGAUGAUGAUGACGUUCUCGAUGACCGCUAUGGCUGGGAGCUUACCACCCGGCCUCCAAGGCAGUUCCCUGGGCAAGGAUUUUUCCCCGGUCUAUUCCCCGGCCAGGGUCAGUUCCCAGGACAACAGCAACGUUUAACUACGACUCGGGCUCCCAACAAUCUGGGCACCACCACAAUGUCGCCUGCAAUUCAACAAUGCAUUCGUAGCUGCCCAGUAACCGCUGAGUACAAUCCAGUUUGUGGCACUGAUAAUAUAACUUACAAUAACCCUGGAAGGUUGACGUGUGCUCAGGCGUGUGGAAUCAAUGUCAGCGUUCUCCGAUCCCUGCCUUGCCCCACUGCUACACAAGCUCCUACCAGCUAAAUUAAUUAAAAUAGUAAACCAAAUAAUUAAAAAUAUGAGUGAUUAAA